AUGGCCCAGCCAAAUGCGGAGCCCCUUGAGGAAUAUGACUAUGAAUCGCUCCCACCCAACUUCUCCCUGCUGCAAAACAUGGCAGCAGGGGCGUUUGCAGGCAUAGCUGAACAUACAGUCAUGUAUCCGAUCGAUGCCAUUAAGACGCGAAUGCAAGUCCUAACAUCCGGUCCGGCCAAUGUACACAAUGGGGUGACCAAGGGUACGUUUCGCAUCGCUACCGGAGAAGGGUUCCUCAGUCUCUGGCGAGGUGUGUCGAGCGUUGUUGCAGGAGCAGGCCCUGCUCACGCCGUCUACUUUGCGACGUACGAGGCUGUCAAGCACAUCAUGGGAGGUAACCAAGCUGGAGUUCACCACCCUCUAGCUGCUGUAACGAGCGGGGCCUGUGCUACCAUUGCCAGUGACGCCCUGAUGAAUCCUUUCGAUGUCAUCAAGCAGCGCAUGCAGAUGCGAGAUUCCGCCAAAAUGUACCGGUCUAUGGUGGACUGCGCGAAAUACGUCUACAGAACCGAAGGUCUGGGUGCAUUUUACGUGUCCUAUCCCACGACUCUUUCCAUGACGGUGCCAUUCACGGCUCUCCAGUUUCUCGCCUACGAGUCUAUAUCAACCGUGAUGAACCCGACGAAGCAUUAUGAUCCUGCCACUCAUUGCGUGGCAGGUGGUGUUGCUGGGGGGUUUGCUGCGGCUCUCACGACACCCAUGGAUGUAAUCAAGACAAUGCUGCAAACAAGGGGAACAGCGACGGACCCUGAGUUGAGGAGUGUCAACGGAUUCAUGGCUGGGGCAAGGUUGCUCUUGCAAAGGGAAGGAUUCAGAGGUUUCUUCAAGGGAGUUGGACCAAGGGUGGUCACUACCAUGCCGAGUACCGCAAUUUGCUGGUCAGCCUACGAAGCCUCAAAGUACGUUUGA